CAUAACCUUGCAUAAUCUGUAUAAGAUCAAGAUCAUAUCAGGCCGAAAAGAGUGUGAUAGUGAACCCAACAAUGUAUUAAUUAACGUUGAUGUUUCCGGUGACAACAACCAAAUUUUAAAAUUAGUUCAAUUUAUAACAAUUACACGCGAAGGAAUAUUAUCAUCAUUAGCUCUUGACAAUGAACUUGAGCCCCAUUUCAAAACAAAUUUGACAAUUGACAUCACAAUCACAUCACGUGCUUUAAAAGUUCAAAGUUCAUUUCUUAUUUUGUUUUGGUACACACCACUUGCUGAUUACAAGAAUCAUAAGUAUUGCAAAAUAAUAAAUUAAACUAGUACCGUAGCUUAGACUUAUACGUAGUGAAAAUGGUUCGGGCUUGGUAUAUGGACAACGAUCCUAGCGAUCAAAGAAACGAGCACCAUCAAAAUCCACCUCAUUUUAUUACACUGGAAGAACUUUUCAAAAUAUCUGGCGUGGAAUAUUUCAAGUUAAAUAUCGACACUCUUGACACCGAUGGAGUACUAGACAAAAUUAAAAAGGGUAGAGGUUACACUUAUGAAGACGAGCUGGUUUGCUCCAAGGAAUGUCUGCCAAAUUACGAAGAAAAAUUGAAAAUAUUUUAUACCGAGCACUUACAUACUGACGAGGAAAUACGACUGGUUACUGAAGGUUCUGGGUAUUUUGAUGUGCGGGACAAAAACGAUCAAUGGAUUAGAGUUGAAGUUGUUCCUGGGGACUUGCUUAUUUUGCCUAGUGGAAUAUAUCAUAGAUUUACUCUGGAUAAGAAUAACUUUAUAAGAGCAAGGAGAUUGUUUAUUGGUGAACCUGUCUGGACAGCACACAACAGACCUUCCGAUAACAUGGAGUGCAGGGAAAACUAUGUGAAAAAUCUUCAAACUGGGAAUUUUGUUAAAGUCCAAUAAUUUUAUAUAUAAAUCAUAUAUCUACAGAUGGAACAUAUUUUUAUACAUAUCAGUGUCUUGUU